UGAGUAAAAUAAUCUGAAAUAUUCCGUUUAUCAUGAGUUAAUUGAAGCAUGUUGGUGCCGUUAAUGACGUUGAAACGAGUUAACGUCAUCACAUUGGUAAAGUGACCUGUUUCCAGCUGUGCAGUCUGAUGCCUAGCCAGACUCCGUUUAUAUUUUGUCAGCUUUUGGAUUUUCAGUUUCACUUUGGGCGAACCGAACCGGACCGAGGACCAUAGACGCUGUGGUUGUUGUCGGUCGGGUUGUCGAAUGUGUUCGGCCUGGGAUUGGUUCAGCUAGGUUUUUAAUUUUCAACAUUUUAUUCAAGUUUAAAUCAAUGCUAUGAAUAAUAAACGGAACCAACUCUAGUAAAAACUGCAACACCGAGAUCAACCUGGACUGGAUUAUUCUGAUCGAGGAUUAUUCUGCUCCAGUAGCAGCAGGACAUCAGCAGCUGCUAACUCUGAAGAAUUAAAGACAUUUCUUCCAACAUUUCAUUUCCCUUUGGGAUUAAUGAAGUGGUUUUGAAUUAGAACUGAGUUUGGAACAAGUGUGAAUAGUAAUCCGAACUUUAUUGAAGUUUCACAAAUCCGAACAUGGAUUUAAAUAAUCUGCUCCUAGAGCAGAAUAAUCCAGUCCAGGUUGACUUGGUUGCAGUUUUUACUAGAGUUGUUUAAAGGUGCGGAAAGUAGAGAAUAAUUAGGUGGAAUCGCCCUUUAGCCAUUUCUCGAAUUGGAACCAACUUCAGCUUCGUCCGGGUUCUGGAGUGGUUCCGACCUCUAUUGCAUAUUAUUAGUCCUCCUGAUCAGACCAGCUUCUUUGGAUCCAGAUCCAGCUGUUUACCCGUUCAAAACCGCUCCAUAGAGGUUCAUUGGUUGUUCUGGUUCCGGAUGUGGAUCCAUGUUGGUUCUGCUCAGUUAUAGAGAACUUUUGGUUUAACCGGUUCAUUGGCUUUAGCGACGACCCAAAUGGUCUUAGGUUCUUGGUUCUGGCCCAGAAUGCCGUCUCACCUGUCCGUCCCUCCAGUUGUCAUGGAGUCCACAGAGAGCAGGUACGCCCACCUGCUGCAGCCAAUCAGAGAGCUCACCAAGAACUGGGAGAUCGAUGUGGCGUCGGAGCUUAACGACUACCUGGAGGAGCUGGAUGAAAUGUGCAUCACCUUUGAUGGAGGGAGAACAAGGCUGAAUUUUGCUGAAGCUGCGCUGCUCAUCCAGGGCUCCACCUGCAUCUACAGCAAAAAGGUGGAGCUGCUCCACAGCCUGGUGUUCCAGACUCUGGAGUUCAUCAGCGACAACAAGAAGUGAGCAGGGCAGGGGGUGGCCCAGCAGGGGGCAGCAGCAGACCAGACAGAGCAGGAAGCUGAGGAUCUGGCUGUGUUCACUCCUCUGGAGCUGGACGAGUCAGCCACACCCCUUCGGACGGAGUCUCACACGGACAUCAGUGUGGUUCCUCUGCCUCCAGAGGCCCUGAUUCCUCCUGAGACUCAGGAGAAGAACAAGCUGCCUCUCAUCAGCAUCGGGGGGGAGGUGCUGUGCACAAAAGACUUCCGGGUCAACCUGUUCCUUCCGGGACCUGAUGACCUCAUCGUUCUGAUGCUCCAAUCAGCUCCAGCCUCCAGGUUCCUGGUGGACCAGUCGGCUGCAGCUGAAUCUGCGGUGACCUUUGACCCCGAUGAAGCUGCAGAGGGCUUCCUUCCUGUGCAGAGAAUGGACCUGGAACCGGACCAGGAGGAGCACAUCGUCGGCAAACAGGUCUCGGUCGGACGGCCUCCUGAAGACGGAGGAGAGCCUCCAGCUGCUGUGAGCAACUGGACCCAUGACCCGUACACCGCUGGAGGAGACCGGCCCCUCACACCAGGGCGGUGCUACCGGGUUCCUGACGGUCUGGAUGACGGGGGGAAGAGGAAGAGGAAGCGGUCGGUUCUCCAGGACUUCCGGUCCUGGUUCCGAGGAGCCUGUGAUCCAGCCCCAGAACCCAAGCUGAAGGUCGGACCCAGCUUUCCAGACCUCAACUACCUCUACCUGAGGACCCUGAGGGACAAAGUCCGGAGACAGAGGACGCUCUACAGGACGCUGGGCGUCGUCAUGACAGAGGAGGAGCUCCGAAGAACCUUUCUGCAGCUGGAGGAGGCGGGGCCAGUGGAUGACAUCACACCUGCUGAGCUCCUGGGCGGAGACUCAGACGACUCGGACGGUGAGCUGGACGGCCUUCCUGCCGUGUUCAGAGAACCGGACUCCGAAGAAGCUCAGCGCGACCCGACAUAUGAAGAGCUGGUGAAGCUGCGUGUGGAGCAGCUGGUGGUGCACAGCCAGGGCUACACCCAGGAAUCGGCUCUGUCCCGCCGGGUCAGGGACUGGGAGGACAAGAUCCGCCCUGAGCUGGCGCUGCAGGAGGACCGACCUCCGUUCGACAUCCACGCCUAUGGAGAGCGGAUCGUCGCCCAGCUGGGCGCCGUCGGCUGCAGGCGCUCCUUCGCCUCCAUCGUCCGCGGUUUGGACAACAUGGAGGCCUGCAAGCUGCUGCUGGCGUCACUGCAGCUGGCCAACGACUACUCGGUGGAGGUGGACAGUGCUGCGGGCCUGGAGGACAGCGUGGACUCCAUGUGUCUGACGCUGCUGAGCACGCAGCGAGCCGCGGACCGCUUCAAGACGCUGGCGGACUCCAGCUGAUGGGCCCGGUUCUGAUGGGCCCGGUUCUGAAGGGCCAGCUGGACCGGCUCCUGUUUCUCCCUAAUGAAAUAAAAUAUUCACACUUUUGGCAG